ACCACCACUGUUCUGUUCUGUGGGCAGACCUCGCACUGAAGUGAAUAAUCCCAAGCCAGCCAUAAGCUAGCAGUGGUGGUAGGCUGCUAGCUAGUGGCUAGUGCACGUACUGCGCCGGCGGGCGCGGCAGGCAUGGCGGCGCCGGUCGAGGUCGGCGCGCGGGGCACGGUGGGCUCGCUGGUGCUCCGGGAGGUCGAGUACUUCCGGAGGGUGGAGGUCGGCGGCCACGGCAAGAAGAGCAGCAGCAAGGUCGCGGCCAGCGGCGGCGGCAGCCCCCGGAGCAGCAGCAAGAAGCAGCAGGCGAAGAAGAAUAAGGGCGGCGGCGCAGGCAGCGGGUCGUUCUUGCCGAGGAUGUGCUCCUCGGCCGAGGUGGCGGAGGAACCCGGCAGCGGCAGCGGCCGGAGGGAGCGGCCGGCGAGGGUCCGGUACCGGCCUCUCGGGGAGGAAGGGGACGCUCUGCCUCAGGAGGACUAGCAGGCAGCUGCUGAUCAGAGGACAUACAGGAUGGAUUGGUGGAGCAUUCUGCGCCAGAUCCUGAGAAGUGUAUGUGCCGAUGGGUACUGGGUGAUUUUCUUGCUUUUUCUCAGUGUAUUUCUUUUGGUUUUCCCUCCAUAUCUUCACUGUUUACAACUAGUAGAUCAGAGGAUCAUGUAUGGCUUCUCAUAACUUGUAUCCAUGGCUGCAUAACAGCAGGUCCAUACGACCAUCUUCAGUUCUCAA